CUGGACCAUAAGUACAAUCUGUUAUCAAAAAUGACAUACAUUUGUAAAUGUAUAACUUUCACUUGAUACAUGAAGUAUCACAACUCAUACUAUUACGAACAAAAGAAAAGGGAAUACAUAGGAUGUUAAUUCCGGGAUCUGAGGUUUACAUCGCAUUUAAGUACGGAAGAGACUUAUAAUAAAAGAUUGAAGUGAUGGAAGCGGGAGGAACUGGCGCGCGGCCACAUGAACUCAAAUAUGAUCCGUCGUAUGUACUGUACGGAGGCGGAGCCAGCUUCCUGCUUAAUAUAAUCCUUUUCCGGUUGGUCAGUCCGGUCGUUUCCGGUUGCCUCGUGCCUGCGUACCGAACGUUGUCCAUACGCGACCGCAUGGAUUGGAACGACAGGUUUAUAUCCAACAUCAACGCCGCCCUAGCGAUAGCCAUGUCCGCUCACACACUGUUCUACGAAGACGCCCUCUCCGCGGACAAGGUCUGGCACGACAGCUACGUCGCACGUCUCGCUUGCGGUAUCAUCGCCGGCUACAUGCUGGCGGAUGUCAUCUGCAUGCUCACGUGGUGUCACGUGGGCACCGGGGAGCUCCUCGGCUUUAUGUUCCACCACGCAGCCACCGUUUAUGCGUAUUAUUUUAUAUCGGCUUACGGCGUGCUGUGUUACUUCGGGAUGCUGCGACUCAUAGCGGAAGUCUCUACCCCGCCUGUUAACCAAAGGUGGUUCUUCGACAUUCUAGACGUCCCGCGUUCUAACUGCUGCGUACUGCUCAACGGAAUGCUGAUGGUGGCGACCUUUUUCUUCUUCCGGAUGGUCACCAUGCCGAUAUACUGGUACCAGAUCUGGCUGGUUACCGGCACAGAUGCUGUCUUAACGCUUGGGCACAUCCAGCUGAUCAUGUACAUACCAUGCUUCGUUCUGGACGCGCUGAAUCUGUACUGGUUUUACAAGAUGUGUCGAGGAUUCAUCAAAGCGAUAAAAGGCUUGAAAAAGCCUGUUGCAAACAAUAGCGCGAAAUUCAAAACAUUGUAGCUGCGUUUGAAGUUAAUUAAAGAGAAUUAGCAAUAAUCUAAUAAUUUCUCACAUGAUGCAUGAAAUUAUUUACAAAUAUACUGUGUUACAUUGGCGCAUUCAAACUUUAUGUAUCGGGUAACAUUACAAAUGUAUGUGUUUGGUUGCAUAGACAUAUAUAUGAUACAUAUUUCCGUUGUUCUAGUUAAGCUACUAGCAAAACAUCAUUGCGUCAUAUUCCUAAAUGCAAUGUAUAAUUUCUGUUAUGUUCAGGGCAUAAUACUGUUAUUUGCAGCUGUGAUAAAAUACUCUGUAUAUACGUUUACAAUUGGUACAUAAUGAAAUAUAAUAUUAUACAGUUUAAUUAUAGACAUAAAUUUAAAUAAGCUUGACUUUUAUAUACUCUAUGUACUAUAUAUAUAUAUAUAUAUAUAUAUAUAUAUAUAUAUAUAUAUAUAUCACAUGCUAUGUAUUUAAUCAUUAAAUCAUGUAUGUAAAACCUGUGCAACACGCGCCAAAUGUUAACUACAUAUAAUUUUUCGUUCAAAAAUAAAGUACUAAACGACAA